UAUUAAGGGCUUUUUACAGAAACAUGCAUCUUUUGUAGAAAUAUAACUUUUAUACGGCCCAUAGUUUCCAAUAUGAAAACUACCGUCAGCGCUGAAAAUUAUAACUUUUAUACGGAUGUCAUAUAUAAGCUGACCAAGUCAAACCCUCAUAAAUCAACUAAUUUUCUCUCUCAUCACAAUUAGAUUUUCUCUCCUCGCUCUCAGCUCAUCUCUCUCAGCUCAUCUCUCUCAGCUCCUCUCCCUCAACUUUUAUCUCUCUCAAUUCGUGUUCUUCUACACUGAAAUAUCAAAUUAAUCUUCAGAUCGGCGUUUUUCUCUCUCAGAUAAGAUCUUACAGCCAACUGUUAUUCAUCUUCAUCAACAGUUUGAAAAAUCGAGAAAAUAUAGAUCUCCAUAAGCAGAAUGGAUACAAUUGCAACUUUUAUUCAGUAUAAUGGCUAUUGGAAUGAUAAACUCCAGUAUACAGAUUUUUCUGUUAAGGGACUUCUUAUUCCAAAAGAUUCUAGUAUGAAUAAUCUUGAACAAUUAUUGGCAAACCAGCUACAAGUGAAUUUAGAAGAAGAAAAUCUGAAAAUCAAGUAUCAGGUUAAACCAGAUUAUCCACCGCUAAUAAUACAAGAUAAUGAUGCUUUAGUAUUCUACUUCCAGAUGAAAAGCAAACAAUCAGAUCCAACACAGUUUCCACUUUGCAUUGAAAUUGAAAAAAAAAUGAGAGAUAUAUCAUUAUAUGUUUCAUCAUCGAGAUCAACACAACAAAACAUCAACAGAAAUGCAGAAGUUUGUCAACAGCAAGACAACUCAACAAAUAUUGAUAAUUCAGAGUCGGUUUCAAACAUGUUUCAAUAUGCAACAAAUGUCGGAAAUUUGUUAAAUGAAGAUCAAGAAGUCGAGAGCCCGUACGUAGAGAAUAUGGUCAUUGAUGAAGUAAAGGCAAUAGAAAUAGAAGAAGGGCAGAAAUACAAAGACAAGCGCACGUUGAAGACUAUAUUAAGCAUUUAUGCAAUCAACAAUCAUUUCCAAUUCAGAUCUUACAAGUCGUGCAAGAUUGAAUAUAUAGCAAUCUGCAAUGAACCAGAGUGUGAAUGGAAACUGAGAUCUUCGAGAAAUAAAAGAUCAAAUGUCUUUAUCGUGCGAAAAUUCAACAAGGUGCACAGCUGCAAAGUGGGAGAGAGAAUGGCUGAUAAAAGACAAGCCACGUCAGAUUUAAUUGGAAAUUUUGUAAAAGAUAAGUAUGCAAACUUCAAAACUGUUUAUACGCCGGCAGAUAUUAUUAGAGACAUGAAGAAAGAGUAUGGAGUCGAACUGACGUACCAAAAAGCAUGGCGGUCAAAAGAAAAGGGAUUAGAGCUUACAAGGGGUAAUCCAGCUGAAUCAUACCGAUUACUGCCUUCUUAUCUACAUGCGCUAAAAUCAACAAAUCCAGGUUCUGUAGCUGAAUUGGAAACAAAAGAAGAGAGAUUCCUUUAUGUUUUCAUAUCGUUGAAUGCAUCAAUUCAGGGUUGGGGGUUUUGCAAACCAGUAAUUGUUGUUGACGGUACGUUCCUAAAGGCAGCUUACGGAGGAACGCUUCUAACGGCAGCAACUCAAGAUGCUGCAAAUAAAAUUUUUCCUCUAGCAUUUUGUGUCGUAGAUUCAGAAAAUGAUGCUUCGUGGGAAUGGUUUUUCAACAAAGUUAGAGAAACAUUUGGUGUGAGAGAGGGAAUGUGCAUCAUUUCAGAUCGACACGACAGUAUUAAAAAAGCAAUUGAAAAAGUAUACCCGGAAGCACAUCAUGGAAUCUGUACUUACCAUCUUUUUAACAAUGUCAAAGCAAGAUAUAGACGAGCAAAAGGUGAAAUCAGAGAGCACUUUUUUGGGGCAGCAAAAGCAUAUACGCUUGAGCAGUUUGGGAAACACAUGGAAGAACUUGACAAAUUUGACCCAAAGAUAAGGGAGUACCUAAAUGACGUUGGUUUCGAAAAAUGGACAACACUUUAUUCCACCAACAACAGGUAUUCAACAAUGACUUCAAACAUUGCUGAGUCAUUAAAUGCAACAAACAUAGCUGCAAGAGAACUUCCUAUAACGACCAUGCUUGAGUUUCUACGUUCCCUUGUGCAAAAAUGGACUCAUGCAAACAGAAUUUGUGCAAGAUCAUUAAAGACAGAUAUGUCAAAAGUAGCCGAAGAUAUAUUGAAUGAAAACUACAUUCGAUCUCUGCAUCUAACGGUCAGCCCAGCAAAUGACAAUAUAUAUACUGUGACUAAAACAAAAACACCCUUCUCGGUUAAUUUGGAAACAGGAACAUGUUGCUGCAGAAGGUUUCAAACAGAUAGAAUUCCUUGCGCACAUGCAGUUGCUGUUAUAAGGAAAUACAACAAGGACCCUUUGCUCUAUUGUUCCAAAUACUACAUGAAGGAAACGUACGUCAACACGUACAACCACACAGUAUAUCCUAUGACAAAUAAAUCAACAUGGAAUACGCCGCAAGAAAUAAAAGAUAUAAUCGUGCUGCCUCCUGAAUCAAGAACCAAAUCCGGCAGACCAAAAAAGAAGCGCAUAUUGGGAGGACAUGAAAAAAAGUCAAAAAAUAAAUGCGGAGCUUGCAAGAAGACGGGACACAAUAAAAAAACAUGCAGAAGAUGAUUAUGAUUCAGGAAAGAUUUAUUUGUAUUAAAUAAAAAUACUUUGAAUUCAUUUCAUAUAUUUCAUAAAACAAUAUGACUUUUGCUGAAAUUUUACAUUUAAUGUUGACCUUCUGUUACUAUUA